CUCUUCUGGUGGUCUCACACUCUCACUGUAUCCACAGUUUGCUCUGUAAACUUCAAUCCCUUUUGUUCCAUUUGGUGCUUCUCAAAACACCCAUUUGUAGUAGAAAUCAUCCAUUCUUUGUAUUCUGACCUCCAAUAUCCAAAUCUUCAACACAGAUGCUAAUUAGGAUUUGGGAGGAAGAAACCCAGAUCAGAUUUUCCGCCUCUCUGUCUCUCUGAUUGAAUCCCAAUCGGCUAGUGAAACAGAAGUUUAUGUCGAGCACUCCACGACCCAGAGAGGGACUUCAUGAUGUUGGUCCCCCUCCAUUCCUUACCAAAACCUAUGACUUCGUGGAGGACUCCACCACCGACGACAUUGUUUCUUGGAGCGGAAGCAACAACAGUUUCGUUGUCUGGGAUCCUCAGGCCUUCUCCAUGUCUCUCCUCCCCAAAUACUUCAAGCACAACAAUUUCUCAAGCUUUGUCCGCCAACUCAACACCUAUGGAUUUAGGAAGGUUGAUUCGGAUAGAUGGGAGUUUGCAAAUGAAGGAUUUCUUAGAGGGCAAAAACAUCUUCUUAAGACAAUCAGGAGGAGGAAGAAUACUACACCACAAACUCAAGCUACUUCACAUCAACAAGCAGAAGUACUGGACCCUUGUGUUGAAGUUGCGAGAUUUGGAUUAGAUGGAGAGAUUGAUCGAUUGAGGCGCGAUAAGCAGGUAUUAAUGUUGGAGCUGGUGAAGCUUAGGCAGCAAGAGCAGAACACUAGAACUUGUCUUCAAGCAGUGGAGCAAAGGCUUAAGAAGACAGAAACGAAACAACAACAUAUGAUGGGGUUCUUGGCAAGAGCGAUGCUGCGGAAUCCCAGCUUUGUACAACAGUUAGUCCAACAAAAGGACUGGAGAAGGGAACUUGAGGAAGCUAUUGAUAAGAAGAGGAGGCGACGGAUCGAUCAAGGGCCUAGUAGUGUUGAAGUAGAUCUUGGUGGUAGUGUGGGAGUAGGAACUACUACUCUUGUUAAGGUUGAACCUGAUGAAUAUGGUGACAUUUCGGAGUAUGAUGUCGCGGGGAUUGAUGGAAUAAGUAUGGACAAUGCUGUAGAGGAAGAGCUGCAGGUAGAGAAAUUAGAGGAUGAAAGUGGAGGUACAGAAGAGCUUGAGGUGGGGUUUUGGGAGAAUUUAUUGAAUGAGAAUAUGGUAGAAGAAAUGGGAUCAUUACUAAACCAAGAAGGUGAAGAUGAGGAAAAUGUAGAUGUGUUUGUUGAGCAGCUAGCCUAUUUGGGUUCCAACAGUCCAAAAUAGAGAAGCUGUAUGCACUUCCUCUUGGCUUCAUUCAUUCACUGAAGUUAAAAGAGGUAGCCAGCUCCAAACCAGUCAAUCCCAAACCCUUGGGGGUAGCCUGCAGGCCCUGGAUGGAGUGGUUCAAUGUGCAUGUUUGGAUGGAUGGGGAUGGAGUUCUCCCCGAAAUGAUAUGCAACUGGAGAAAGAGCUAUGUGUUGGUAUUGAGGGUUCUAUUGGUUUUCUCCAUGUGAUGUUAUAAAAUCGAAAAUGCUAAGCAUCCCAAUGUUUUUUGCCCCAGCUAUCCCAAACAUUAAGAUGGACGUACAUAUAACAUGAUCGAUGUGAAAACGUGAGUCCACAUGUCCGUGUGCUUCCAUUUCAAGAUUUGAGAUAAAUGUCAAAAAAAUAAAAAAAACAC